AUGUUGGGGAGAUUAUGGCGCAGUGAAAUAUUGCGUUCACAGAAAACAUCGGAUAAUCGAAUUGGGGUCAUUCUAAAUGAUUCACUUUAUCUUAGCUCCAGCGAUAUCCAGAAAACCCAUUUUUUGAUUUUUGAGUUGUCAAUUUACGAUCCUUCAGACGAAACUCAGGGACUAGCUGGCUGUUGGGGUGCUGAACCGAUGCAAAAUUUGAUAUCAGAAAACAAAGGAACCUGUAAAUGUGCCACUGUUUUACAUUUGGGACCUUGCAGGUAUCGUGCUGUGGAUCCUAUUCCUUUGGUACUUCUGGAUUUAUGCAGUGAAACAUCUGAACACACUAUAAAACGGCGACGUUCCUGUGUUCCGAGCCCUUCAAGAUUGGCUUCCCUAAAUGAAGAGGAAAAGAUAUCGGAGAAAGCUCCAAGGGAGAGCUUUUGUUUACUCGCUCGAAAUGCGGUUCAACUUGCGAUGCCUCGAGAUCCAGAAUGUGCUAUAGUCUUUGUUAUGGAGUACACAAUAUGUGAUCGCGGUUCGGAAUCGCAAAGAAGGGCGUCCUCUGUGACAUCAGAGACAAAAGCUGUCUUCACUGUACGCUGGGGCGUAUAUCAGCCUUUCUUGGACGAACGAAUUGCGGGACGAGAAGAAUCGAAGCAGACGUUUCAUGUUGCGCUCAGAGGCACAUCAGCAGUUGACGACAACUACAUACCGGGUUCACAAAACUUGGAGAAGAGAAUAGCAAAACAAGUUUGUCCGGACGGGGCAUUUUGUUUUCGACAAGAUACGAAAUGUAACAUGAGUUUCGUACUUGAUGGUGAAAUUCGUGUCGGUGGGGCAGGAGGUUCCCAGGCUACCGAUCACCCUACUAUGGCACAAUCGGAUUCGAUCUCUUUGGAUGAACCAAUUCAGGCCAAAGCAUCGGACAAUUUGAAUCAGGCUAUCAAAAGGCCAUCAAUAUCUGUUCACACUAUCCCCAAAGAGAGCUACACCCCUACAAUGAAACCAUCUAUCAGUGAGGGCGCAACUAAUCUGCUUCAGUCGUACACCGCACAAUCCAACGAAGAAAUGGCCAGACAGACACUUUAUCAGCAAAUGGCACAGCAGGUAUGGGUCACACAGGAACGAUCCCGAACACCGAGUUUUGCUCAACCGAUAGGGCCAUUCUUGGGGGGUCAAGGUCCGGCAAUGUAUGAACCAUUGCAAGCAGCUCCAAAUGUUCCGUACAUUCAACUCGUGCGUGGAAUCACUGGCCCCAUAUCUUUGGUUGCACAAACCCAUCGUGGCGCGGGUCUGUCUCGUGCGGCAUACGCACGUCUUUAUCGUGCCGGCUUCUCUCAGGUUUUGACCGAAAGCGGCAAUCCACCUUUCACAAUAAACCCAGAAGACGUAUUGGACCCGAUGCAAUCGUUCAGUCUGAAAACCGAGGCCACGGACACUUUAAGUGUAAACGAAAUUGUUCUACAAUUUUUGGCCUAUUCAAGCUAUGUCACACCCGCCACAGAAUCGUUUGCUACGAACGCAGUGUAUUUCACAUUCCAGUUCUAUCGCUUCCCUCAAUUUGUCACGCAAAAGUAA